GCACCAACGAAGAAGAACAACUGAGUCUGGUGCGUGUUCGAAAAAGACGACGAAGAAGAAGUGGAUUGCAGUAAGGUCUGUCAUUGCCGUCUUCUUGCUCCUGGUUUGCUGAUGUUGUCCCAUGUUCGCAGUUUUGUCCGUUCCUCCUCUGUCGCUCUUUUCACUUCCAGACAUUUUUCAGCUCAUCACAUGGAAGCUGUGUCCAUUCGACCGGUCGAGGCUUCCAUUCGCACCAAACUGACUCAGGCUCUCGCUCCGGAGCACCUGGAGGUGCUGAAUGAGAGCCACAUGCAUGCAGUGCCCCCAGGCUCUGAGUCACACUUCAGAGUGCUGGUGGUGAGCUCACACUUCGAUGGCUUGUCUCUGUUGCAGCGCCACCGCCUGGUCAACGAGACCCUGAGUCACGAGCUGAAAACCAGCAUUCACGCUCUCGCCAUCCAGGCCAAGACGCCUCAGCAGUGGAGCAGCGACCCGAGCGUGGCCAAGAGCCCGCCGUGCCUCGGAGGAUCCAAACAUGACAGCACGGUGGCAGAGAAGCUCAGAUCGGAAUCUGACUGAUCCUGAUCCUGAUCCUGAUCCUAAGAACUUAUAGGCAAAAGAAACACUUUGAUAGAAAGUGUUUAGAUUUACUGCAGUCUAUAUAAUAAUAGACAUUACGGAGAUCAGCCAGUAGCUGGUCAGUAGCGUUUAAGUGUUGUGUGAUUUGCCUGUGAGUGUGUCCGGGAUUUUUGACUUUAAACAUGCUACAUUGAAUAAAAUUGUAAAUGUAUACAAUUAUUACAGUUAUGCUGCUUUCUGUAUCCUUGUGAUUUUGUGCUUAAAUAUGUCAUUUAGUUAAAUCUACGUAUCUGUUGUCCUGUGAAGACAAGGUGUCUACAUAUGUCGCUGUAAAUUACCUCAAAAUACAAUGAUUCAAAUAAACACGCCCAAGCCGGGGGUUGAUUGAUGUGGGAGAUGACCAAA